AUGCCUGAGCCAGUACACCCUUCUUAUGUAGGCCAUUUCGGCCUGCGCACACGACCUGAGAACUUCGAAGCUAUGAUCGAUUGGCACGUCAAGUUUUUCGGUAGCAAAGUGGUGCUGAAGAACAACGUAGCGGCAUUUCUCACCUACGACCACGAGCACCAUCGACUAGUCAUCAUCAACGAUCCCGACUUCAAGCCCAUCCCCAGUCCCGGAUCGACCUGCGGCAUCUACCACAUCGCCUUUACGCUCGACAGCCUAGAGGCUCUGGCAACUAGCUACGAGGAAAAGAAGGCACAUGGGAUCCUACCGCACUGGCCCGUGAAUCAUGGUAUCAGUACCAGCAUGUACUACUUUGACCCGGACGGGAACGAGUUCGAGAUGCAGGUCGACAACUUUGCCUCGGCCCAGGACGUGUACGAGUUUAUGGAGACGAGUGAGUUCAAGGAAAAUCCAAUCGGUGUGGAUUUUGUGCCAGAAGAGUUCGUCAAGAGAGUCCGAAGUGGUGAGGACGAGGCGAGCAUCAAGAAGAGACCGGUUAUCGGACCACGGCUGGCCCGUUGGCAGAACUCUAUAUACUUCAAACCAGACGGCAAAUGGAGACAUGAGAAGUGA